UUUACCCAGAGAAUCUUAACCUAUGAAUGAUCCAGUACAUUUAGUUCAGCAGUAGCCAUCCAUUUCCUCAUUAUGAAAUACGCUAUAAGAGAUAACCGUUGCUUUUCUAAAAGCAAGAAGUAGCUAUACUAUAUUAUGCUCUCUCGCCGUCUGGUUAUUAGUUCAGAGAAGAAUAUGAGGGGGAGCUUGUCUUCUGUUACUCCAGCCUCCAGAAAACUAUCUUUAGUUUUCAUGGUCAUCUAUACAUUAUUGUUAUUUUUAAGCUCAUCCGGUUGCAAAGCUGUAUCUUCUUCUUCUUCUUCUUCUUGUGGUAAUAUUCAAAACAUAAGCUGUCCUUUUACUCUGAAAGGUGAUGAUCAGCAAUGUGAUUCUUCUUUCUUCACUCUGGAGCUGUCUUGCCUCAAAAAUCGUACCAUCUUAUAUUUACUUGAGGAUAAGAUUUUUUACGUUAAGAGUAUCGAUUAUGAUAAUCUUUUGGUUAGGAUUGUUGAUCCAGGCCUUGAAAAUAAUAACUCUUCUAUUAAAGAGGAUGACUUUCUGGCAUUAGACCAAGGCUAUAAGUUAAGGAAAGUUAAUCAGCCUAUUACAAUGAUGGAGUGUCCGUCUCCUGUAAUUUCUACCCGAUACAUCAAUAUCACUUCACCAAAUUCUUCAUUCUCUUCUUCAGUAUUGGGAAAAUAUUAUGUUUAUUCUUAUGCGUAUAUAGUGGUUGGAUAUGUAGACAUAACAGAAAUGGAGGACAAUUGCAGGAUUAGCAAGGUGGCCUGGGUCUCACGCCACUCGCCUUUUAGUAAAGUCAGUAAAGUCUUCUCUAAUUUUUCUGAAAUUCACGAUGCAUUGGUUUAUGGAUAUGAUAUCCCUUGGAGUUACUUCUACUGCUUGAAGUGCCAUGACGGAUGCGACACUUCUUCCCCAGAUCAUCAUCUUUGGGCUUGCAUAAGCUUUAGCACGCCGUGUAACCUCCCUGAUGGGAGCUCAUACCAUAUUACCCUUUUAUGCAUGCCUCAUAACUUACGCGUCACAGUUCAGAUACUAAAAAGCAACAACACCAAAAAAAUCAUUGGAAUGUUUCUUGCUGCAAGAUUUUCUUUGGGGUUACCGUUCUUGCUCGCUUUCUUGACUUAUAAAGCUAGGAGAAGGCAUUUAUCAAUGUACAACACCAUUGAGGAUUUUCUUCAAGCUCAAAACAACUUGAUGCCUAUAAGGUAUGCGUACUCAGACAUUAAGAAGAUCACCAAUAAUUUUGGAGAUAAACUCGGUGAAGGAGGUUUUGGCACUGUGUAUAAAGGAAAGCUUCGUAGCGGUCUUCUUGUAGCAGUAAAGAUACUGGGCAGGUCUAAGGCUACUGGGAAAGAAUUUAUUAAUGAAGUUGCUACAAGUGGAAGGAUUCAUCAUGUAAAUGUGGUGGAACUCCUUGGCUUUUGUUUCGAAGGUCCAAAACAUGCUCUAAUAUAUGAGUUCAUGCCUAAUGGAUCUUUAGAGAAAUACAUAUUUCGUAAUCAAGGAUCAGAGGAAGAAAUUGUUUCCCUGAGUUGGAAAAAGAUGUACGAAAUCUCCUGCAAGGUGGCAAGUGGAAUUGACUACCUACAUCGAGGUUGUGACAUCCAAAUCUUGCAUUUCGACAUCAAACCUCACAACAUUCUUCUUGACAAGAAUUUCAAUCCAAUCAUUUCCGAUUUUGGGCUAGCAAAAUCAUAUGCCACAAAUGAUAGCACCGUAACUCUCAAUGCAAGAGGAACAAUGGGUUACAUGGCUCCAGAGAUGUUUUACAAAAAUAUCGGUGGAAUUUCAUACAAAGCAGAUGUUUAUAGUUUUGGAAUGUUGCUCAUGGACAUGGCCGCUCAAAGGCAAAAUUUGAAUCCAAUUUUGGAUCACAUUAGCCAAAUUCACUUCCCCUCAUGGGUAUACGACCAAUUCAGUGAUGGAAAAGAGCUUGAGAUGAAAGAUGUUAACGAGGAAGAAAGAAAGUUGGUAAAGAAGAUGAUAAUCGUAGCAUUAUGGUGUAUACAAAUGAAGCCAAGCGAGCGUCCUUCAAUGUACAAAGCUAUCGAAAUGCUAGAAGGAGAUGUUGAAGAAUUGGUAAUGCCUCCUAAGCCUUUUCGUCAUCCACAAGAGGAUCCAGCUGAGAUCAACAACUCAAUUCAUACUGAGGAAUGAACGUAUUUCUUCAAGUUUGAUUUAUGAUUUUAUUAAAUCAAUCUCAUCUCUCAGGCUUUUCGUUAAUCGUGAAGCUUCACUACAUAAAAGACACUGCAAAGACUGUAAGACCAUGUUCGGUUUUUCAAGUACA